UCAGAGCAGCGAUGAAUCUAAAAUAUCGUCGUGGUCAAAUUUUGAUCGAUGGCGAUAGUUUCCCUCUGUUGCAUUCAUCAAUCAGGAUAGUAAAAAUUGAUUCGACGUUGCGCAUCGAUUUUUUUUUUAACGAACGCAGAUAUCUCUCAGAGGUUGGUGUAGAUUUCUGGCUCGUUCGUUAGCGAGAAUGCCGACUGUUAGCCAUUCUUAGCUUUGAAGGAAUCACCGACGAACGAAGCGGUAGAAAAACGAAUAAAGGACCGCAUAAUACGAAAGUGGAAGAGGUGCCCCCGUCUUACACUCUUCUUUUUCCUGAAAUCCUUCCAGAAAACCGUGCAUUCUAUCGUCGGGACGUUUCUCCCUUUCGAGGAAGAAUGUCUUCCUUUGAGCACGAUUUUUGUGAAAAAUGUUCCUCGGUAUUUUCCAGCGAGCUCAUUGUUAUAAGGUUGACUUCACUUUAAGAAAAGGAUUAAGAACGUUUGCAAGUUCGGCGAUAUAGAUGCCGUUGAAAAAUAGAAAGCAACGUUGUAUAUUAACAAGGAAUGUUUCUAUAGGGGCCGAUGACAAUGGACUCGCGGCGAAACUUUUCAUUUCAAACAAACCGACAGCGAAGAUUAAGUAUGAUAUCAGUCAAAUACUGGAGUAACUGUAAACACUCGAACGACACAGGUUGCGAUCGUAACAAACAAUGGAACGCAACUACUUCAUAAAAUCACCGAGAGAUUUCAAACUCCAGCGUAACGGGGGCAUGGAAGAAAGAUCAACAGAAUUGCGAUCAAUAAGUAGUGCCGGGGAAUGCAUAAAGCCCGCUUGAAAAGCAAUCCUCGUUAUAUCUUUGCAGAGGCAAAUUACGAUUAAACUGCAAAAAGAGAUGAAAAUCCAAACGGAAAUGCUAAUGAUUAUAAUCGUUGAUUAUAAUUUCUAAUUGAUGACUUGUAUCCUUCGGUCUCGACGACAUCACGAAUGCUACAUAAAAAGGAUAGGUAUCUAUGUGUAUAUAGGUAGAGUUUAGUGAUAAAAUUAGUAAUUAACACUAAAUCUACCACGACCGGUCAAAUGACCAAUUUCAAAUUUUUAUAUACAGUUCUUACAUGCUGUAUAUAAAUUAUAUAUUAUACAAUUGUUCAUGCAUUAUUCAAUUUAGUUCGGCGCAAAACAUUUUUGAAUUUCAUUGAAGAAAGUGUCUCUACGACUAGUCAUUUCUCUCAUCACGAUAGAAAUGGUUACAAAUGGACGCCGGUAAGUUUAGUGUUAAAAAUAAUGUUCAUUCAAAAAGAAAUUCCCUUUCUCGCUGUACCGUCUGAAAAAUACAGACAGCUAGUCGGUAAAUACAGUCCCAAUCUGUGCCUUAAAAAAAAAAAAGAAUAAAAGAAACGUGGAAAGAGUUCUAAAUUCAAGGGACCAUACCCUGUACAGACAACACAGCCACAUAAACUCUACGUAUACCGAACAUCAUUUUUACGAUCCCGUCACUCCGUGCACACGAAAACCAGAGUUCCUAGAGCUUGCGAAGUCGGACGUUGAUACACAUCCGGCUGGAACUGGCCCGCGGGGCCAUAGUUCGCCGAGCCCCGACUGCGGGCUAUGCAACAAGAAACAAAACCAGAAGAUAAGAGAAAGGGUUAAAGUAGUAAAGCAACGAUGUUAGAACUAUCCAGCAGACGUCGACGGUCUGUGUGCUCCGGCCGCGGAGGCUGCGCGGAAAAAUCGAUAGCCAACGCGAACCGACGGCGUCGUCGUCGUCGUCGACGUCGGCGGUGGCGGCGGCGGCGGCGUUGGUGGUAAUGCUAGUGGUGGUGGCGAGUAGCAGCGCGAUAGAGUCGGACGGUGCAGUCAACGUUGGGACCGGCAGCCCAAAAGACACACGCGGACCUGACACGUUCUCCACAACCCCCUAACCCCCUCCCACGUCGAGCCACCCCUCUAUCUGGCACCUUUGACACCCCGAUCUUUCGUACGGCCCUGAGCGAGAGUACGCGACGUGCUCUCGUGCGGGACUUCUUUCCCUUCGAGCACGAUCCGACGGUCCGCAGGCAAACGGACACAAAGGAGCCGCGACGUUACGUAUCGGCUCGCGGUGUUCGUUCGUGACGGACGUGCAGUGGGUGUGUGAUGGAAAAUGCAACGCGUGGUGACGCGACGUGAUGAGACGUGAAGCGAUACGACGCGGUCACGGCAACGCUUUCCUUUCGGUUCUUUCGUCACUACCUGCCUACCUGGCCGCCUCCGCUCCGUACCGAUCGCGUGUGUGAGCCCGAGAUAAAUGCAAUGUUGUGACGCGUGACGCCGGUUGGUCGCACGUCGUUUCGUACGCUACGGGGAUACUUUGCCACCACGUUCCUUCGGCACCUCUUUCGCGCCUGCGACUGUGGAUGAUAAAUCCUCGAGCGAACGUAGACCUCGCCACGGGACACUCGUUCAACCGCGACCACCAUGCGUGUGCAAGGACCGAACGUACCUGACGUGAACACCUGUGAAAUAGGCUGCGUUGUUUUGCUCGCACGGGCUCGGGCCACCAUUUGCCUUUAACCCCGGCACGACCGCGACUUCCAAUCUCGAACGAUGCGGUACGAUUCGUUGUCGAAACUUUUGUGACUUUUGAUGGAGGCAGCUCCGAUAACUACUGACUCAUUCAUAAAGGCGACUAACGAGAGCCUAUAAUACUCGUGCUCAACGAGAGAUCAACGGGCGGAACUCGUGCAGCGGCCUAAUAUUUGAUAACCCGACGAGUGGGCUCGUGAGGGAAGAUUCUCCAGAGAAACGCGGACAGCGGAAGCUAAAAAAAGAAAUCGCAAAACAAGAGCAGAGUUUAAAUCCGCGGAGUACAAGCGUUCCUGAUCCCGUGGAAACGACCGAGUCCCCCACAGAGCAAUAAAGAGCAGCUUUUCAUUUUGCACUUUUUAGGACGAGCAUUCAAAGCGGAAAAAGAUUGUGUCGGACUAAUCCGCGAUUUCUGUUUGACGCUAAAACGGAGUAACAAUGAAAAUCCGCGCAAAGAUGUGUUUGAAUCCAGUCGAGCAAGCUGUUCGUUGAGGCGUGUCAUGGAUAACGAGGCGUCGAGCCUGGAUCUCUGACUAUGGCGCGAUGCAGUGAAAUUUGGUGGCGAACAUGAGACAUUAGGCUAGUAUCGGACGCGAUAAACAUACGAAUUAAUUGUUAAUCGAGCAUUGUAAUAAUUCCUAUACACGAUGGACGUUUUGUCGUGGACGAAGAGGCUGCGCAAGAGAUGCAUGACGUUUCUGAAGAUGAUGAGAAGAGGUGAUCGACCCAUCGAUUUCUGCGAUCAAACGUUCCACGCAUUGUUUGCUAACGAACGCGUCGACGACGAACCCGAGGGGACGAUUCCAGGCGACGAAACGAACGACGUUUUCGAAGACGACUAUCGAUCGGGUUACUUUUACGGGAAUAAGUACGUUUGCAACUCGUCGAGGAUCCAAUAAGUAACCGCAUUCGAGAUGUGCAUUAUGAAGCGGGGCAAGAUUUUCAGCAGAAGAAUUCCCUUGUGAACAUUUCCAGUCAAGAUUAUUUUUGAAAAAGAAAAAACUGACGAAUGGAAGGUGCGAAACUUCCCUCGAUUUUUAGCAUUCGGAGAACACUGGUGUCUCUCUUAAUGGAACCGCGCGAAAUUACGACUCUCCAGGAGCGCUCGAGAGAUUUUGAGAAUUGGACGAUGCUGGAACACGAAAUCGGCAUGCUCAGUGAGAACGCGAAGCGUUUCAGGAUGCAGGGACGACAGGAUUCCACUUGCACCGGUUAAAAUGAAUCGCAGGGAGGACCCGCUGUUGCGGCAGCAUCGCAGCCAGUUGCUGCAAUUAGCCGAGGCGACAAACAUCAAGCCUGGCCGUGGCAGCGGGAGAAGGCGAGGCCAGAGGCAGUCUCACGGCUUCGGACCCAGUAACGGAGGACCGAGCGCCGGAGGCCGCGUGACCCUGCAGGAUAUCGUGAGAAGCGAUCCUGGAUACACGCCAAACAUCGAGCAUUUAGUUUUUCCGGAGCGCAAGAGCAGCAAUCCAAAUUUGGCCAAAACGGUCGACGAAUCCCCGCCGAAUAAAUCCAAAUCGAACACGACGAGCUCGGGGAGAUCCAGGCUCGCCGAGGUCUUUUCCAGACAUUACUCCAGAGGGUCCUCGCAGGACUCGUCGGUCACAUCCAGGAAGAACCAUUUAAACAGCACGUCACUGGACAGCGGAGGUGCGGCGUCCCAUCAGACGGCUGGUUCCGGAGGAACAACGAGAAGCGCAGGGCGGCGUUGGCUGUCGCAGAGCUCGCAAUCCUCGAGCAGACAACAUUCGGCCGAGGACGGGGUACGUGGGGGCAACGUGGGCGUCAUAGGGCCCGUUUCGUCCUCGUCCUCGAGCCAGGCCCCUGCUCCCGUCCUGCCGCCUCGUAGAGUCAGUCCAGCCGCGGAUUCAACCGACAUCUCGAAUACGGCCGGCGGCUCCCGCGGCGACAGAGGUCCGAACGUGUCGAUUCUGCACUUACGCAGCACUUCCGAUCCUUGGGAAGUGGGUUCUCAAGGAUCCACGUACAGCGUGGGCAGUAAUAAAAGCCAAACCGGUAGCAGAGGAAAAUCAAGCGGUAGCACACGCGGCUCGUACACACGUUGCACUUCAAUACCAUCCUUAAAACGUCACGACGCUACGGCAUCGAUAUCGUCGAGCUCGAGUUUAAAACAACAUCGACAGGAGAGCCACGGACAGGUGACGAGUUCGCGUCGUCGGGAAUCCUCGAAUUCGUUCCUGUCGGGUAACAGCGGCACUUCCGGCGAACUUUUCAUCAGCGGCGACUGCAGCAGGGAAUUGUCGCCGGUGAGAUGGUGCGACAGAGAGGUGGACGGGGUCUAUUUGGGUCGAUCGGGUUGGGUCCAGGUACAACAAAGGUCUCUGGACGAGAAUCGAAGGAUAAGUUACGAGAGCAGCUUGGUCACCGCAGCCACGGGCACUCUACCCCUACCGCGUCGGGCAACGGUGAAAUUGGCUGACUACCAUUGCAACAGCGAGCCAGGGAAAUGCCCUCAAGAAUUUUCGAGAUUGGACAGUCAAAGGCCGGACUAUCUGGCCCUCCACGGUCAGGAUUUCGAGUACGUGGCGAGCAGCGCUUGCACAUCGCCGCACAGUAUCCCGGAAUCUUACUCCCCGCCGUCGAUCACCCCGAUCAUAUCACCUCCACCAGCCUUUCAAGACGUGGUCGGUAAAAGGUCUUCCUCGAAGCACUCUUCCGGCCGUGGCAACUACGGGAAGCCGUUUUUGCCGCGAUCGAACGCCAUAGUGGACAGCGACAUCAUCAGCCCGCCUCCGUCGCCGCCACGUCAAAUCAAUUGGAGUUCCUUGCCGUCUUCCUCUCGGAAAUCGUCGAACGCGCCAUCCAGGCCCAGAAGGCAGAACACCAGUCAACAGCAGCAGCAACAGCAGCAGCAGCAACAACAACAGCAGUAUCGAAUGGCGCAAGCUAAAUCGCUGGAGGAUCAAUCCUCCACGAGGAGAUCGCAGUUUAUUCAGCGUUAUAUGGAGUCUUCGAGUUCGUCCUCCUCGUCGAUGGGCUUCAGGAGUCUGGACAGCUGCGUCACGAGGGCCACCAUGCCCAGAUUGGCCGAGAACACGGACUCCUCGGUGGAGGGAUACGACGACGGCGACGAGGACGACAAUCCCAGCUCCUCCUUGAAUCUCAGUUUGGUCUCGUCCUCGAUCAUAGCGUUGAACUCGUCCACGGAGUCGAUCCGCGCGAACGGCGAGAGAAUUUCGCCGAACAGGCAGAGCCGUCACCACAGAAGCCAACAGGGAUUGAGGAGAUCGCCAGGCUCGUCGGAAUCCGGAAAGCAGUUGUCGUUUAAUUCACCUUCCUCCUCGUCCUCGUCGUCGAGCAGCGCCGAGAGGCAGGGCAGAUCACCGACGCCAAAUCCUUUUAGACGCGGCAACCCUUCGAGGCAACAUCAGAGCGCCAGGACGGCGCAGGUGUCCCCGGAAUCUCAUCAAUCUAAAGUAAGGAGAUCCAGAAGUCUUCAAUUACCCGAGAAGAGGUCUCCCGGCACCGCGGCUCCGAGCAGAGACCACUCGAGGGAGUCUAACGAGCCCCAUAGAGUCGUUGUUAAAAUUUCCAAUGACCGAGGAAACGAUAGGAAACGCCACACGCUUCAAAACAGAAAAGCACAGUCGACCGAGGACGCAUUGAACGAAGAUCUUCUCCGUGAAACGGAGACGGUAACCGAGUUUCUAUACGGAACGAGAAGCCGCGUGGUGGCCAGAAAUCUCCACCCCAGUCGCUUUGAUCGCCGGGAGGAUAGUCAGGAGCAAAGGCGAGGGAAUCCGAGCACUUACGACGUUUACUUUAUAUCAUCGAUGCAGCAGUCUUUGAAAUCGGCCGGUUCGUCGAUGCAACAAUCGCAGCAGCAGCAGCAGCAGCAGCAGCAGCAGCAACAACAACAGCAGCAGCAGCAGCAGCAGCAGCAACAGUCCAGACGACCGAAGACUCUACAAAGGGGCGCGACUACCCCUAACGCGAAUCCUGCGACGGCUAACCACGACUUCUGCGUCAGCCCUGACACGAAAUUGCGUUGCAACAGCAGCACCUGCGACUUCUGGCCGCACUGCUCGCAGAGAGACACGCUGUACUCUCCCAGUCAGGCCCCUGUAUUCAUGAAGUUGUCCCAGAGCUAUCCUGCCCAUCAGCGACUCCCCACGGACACCGGUGGCCACGCGAGCAGAGGAAGCGCCAGCUCGUCCCCAGCUUCGUUAGAGCGAAUGGACGAACGCGAGUACCGCGAUCGCGAGACAACGUCGCGCAGGAAUCGAGGUAAUCGCGAUCAAAAUAAUUCCAACUCGUCCAAGUAUCAGGACAGGCAGCCGAAGAGCGUGCUGAAGCAACCGAAUCGAUGGUCGCCGCUCGAAGGAUCCAAUGGGAAUACCACGACCACGGAGAAGAGGGAGCAUCAACGAUUUUAUAGAAAACCCGAGUUCGCCGGUAGUUUCGAAGGUUGCGAAAACAAGGACAGAAAAGUGUCACCGGUGCAGGGGAAAGGUAUCGUGAACCGAUCGCCCAGUGGUCAUGUUGUAUCGUCGUCGACCACCUCGUCGUCUUCCAGCAGCGAUAUUUGGGUCACCACGUCCGAUCGAACGGUGACGAAGAGUCCGAGGAACGCGAAAAGUUCCGGGGCAUCCACCCCGAUGGAGGACGCGGUGAUUGGCUCCCUGAAGACGCUGAUGGAACCGCCGAGAGAUGGGAUGCUGUCCAGGCCUGGAAGUGCUCCCACGAGAGGGGACGAUUCCCUGCCAGGAGAUAUUUGUUUGGACCCUCAUCAGCGAUCGCUGUCUCUGCCGAAAUCUUUUCUGACGCACAACACCGACGGCAACAACAAAGGAGGUUCUUGGCAACGUGGGCAGAAUUCCCAAAGGUCGAGCCCCAGCCCCAGUCGACGUCACCACACGCAGGAAGCAGCCGCGCCUCACACAGCUCCUGUUUCCCCGUUGCACGAUCAACGCUUGGGCGCGUACCCUGGUAAGGAGAAAAGACGAAUUCCUGGGCUGAGCAAGGCGCAGAGGCGUAUCAAAGCGUCGAGCACGCCGGCGCUCUUAGAUCGUGAAGUGGAAAGUCGACAGUGGUCGGGGGACGAAGAGGACGAGGGUACAACCGGUCACGUAACAACCGAGCAUCCUUUGGCCGAGGCGACGAUUCCCUUGGUCUCCCAUUCGCGUCUCCAAGAGCAACCCUCUAACUUGAGUGCCAAUAUCGUGACCACUUCCGGAACCCAGAAUCCUCCCCGUUCGAGCACGCAGAACCAACAAGAAAGCGUUCUACAGAAAUUCAGGAAGAGCUUCUCCUUGAGGUUUCACAAAAAGGGCAGCAAAGAGAGCACCGAGAGCGAGUUCCCGGUAGAGGAUAACGACGGUUCCGGCCCUUUGGACGAAGAAGAGGAACGAGACCCGCCGAUUGUGUCUGAACAAACUCCUCAGCAUAAGGAGGAUACCAGUAACGACCAGAAAUUUCGGUUCGGUCCUCUCGUAUGGAGAAGCAGCAAGGAGAGGAAAAAGGGCAACAAAGCUGCCAGAAAUGCGAAAUGCAACAGCGGUGACAGUGGAAUACAGAUCGAGAUGGUAUCUGGUGGAGCAUUGACUGGGGGCAGUGGUGGUGGAAUGAUGGGGGGUGGUGAUAGCUCCGAGUCCCACGACACAGAUGUCCAAGACGAGACUGACAGCCCUCCAGCCCUUCGUAGGCGAGUCGCCGACAAAUCACGACCCCAGUCCGAGCUCAUCAACCAGAUACUGAUCGACAAGUUUAAGGCGGAUCUCCAGAGUCGAACGUCGAGGCACCAGCAUGUAAGAAGAACGAACAGCGAUUUAGGAGGUCAGAGGUUACUCCAGUGGGACACGAGGUCUGGUUACAGCCACGCGCACAAUUAUCGCAGGAUGCUCUCGACUCCUUCGCCUAUCAAGACGAGGCCUCCAAGGCUCAGUCCGAGACAUUCCUCCCAUGACAUCGUUACGCUGAGAAGUAACGCGAAAGGGAGGAGUUCUCGGACAAAUUUGAGGCGUUCACUUAGCCAACCACUGGGUAUCAAUCAGCUAUCACCCUUGAUGCGCACCAAAACUGCAGGCGCGAGGUUGCCCGGUGGAAACGUCCUGUCCGAGGACGAACAGGACGGGAGAGGUGGAACGUCCGACGACGAGAUGAUGUCCGACUCCGAAUCCUCCAUCGCCUCCUUGACGGACAGAAAGAAGUCCUUCGAGCAGACGAUGGACGAGGAGGUUGUAAUACUGGCUGAAGCUGUUUGGGACCACGUGGCGAUGGAACCAGAGGAGCUGGCUUUUCGUGCUGGCGACGUGAUUGAGGUCCUGGACAACCUGGACAAGGACUGGUGGUGGGGUAACUGCAGAGGCGAGCAUGGGUGGUUCCCGGCUGCAUUUGUCAGGUUACGCGUAAGCCAAGAAGACACUGUCGAGGAUUGUUUGGCUGCGAUGGCCUCCGGAGGAACGUCCACCACCCAACUGAGAAGACGCACCAGCGUUUCGCUUCUGUCGAACGAGCAAGUCAGGGCGAGCGUUGUUCGAGAACUGGUCCAAACAGAACGGGACUUCGUUAAAGUACUGAGAGACGUCGCGGAAGGCUACGUGGCCGAAUGUCGACGGCGGACGGACAUGUUCAACGAGGAACAGAUAGAAACGAUUUUUAUCAACCUCGAGGAGCUGCUAGACUUCCAGUCCGAGUUUUUGAAGGAUCUCGAGUCUAGCAUCGACUGGAACGCUCCGUACAAGAGUUGCGUCGGUGAAUGUUUCCUCAACCACAGGGCGGGAUUCCGUAUGUACUCGGAGUACUGCAACAGUCACCCGAUGGCCACCGCCACGUUGCAAGAACUGUAUCAGCAUAACCGUUAUAGUAAAUUCUUCGAAGCAUGUAGACUAAUGAGAGGAUUAAUAGAGAUUCCUUUGGACGGGUAUUUGUUAACGCCUGUGCAACGAAUAUGUAAAUAUCCGCUUCAAUUGGCGGAGCUGUUGAAAUACACGAAAGCUGACCACCCGGAUUACCUUAAGAUUCAGGAAGCUCUAGAGGCAAUGCGAGAUGUUGCGGUUUUAAUCAACGAAAGGAAGAGGCGAAUGGAGAGUCUCGAGAAGCUUGCUGCGUGGCAGUUAAGGGUUGAGGGGUGGGAGGGUGAAGAUCUCAUAGAAGUUUCAUCCCAGUUAAUUUACCAAGGCGAUGCGAUGAGAGUCACCACUGGCAUGUGGACGAACAACAUCACCCUCUUCCUGUUCGACCAUCAAUUAGUUUAUUGUAAAAAGGAUAUAUUAAAAAGAAACAAUUACGUAUAUAAAGGUCGAAUUUAUCUUGACACCAGCGAAGUAAUUGACGUGCCUGACGGUAAAGAUCAUCAGUUGGGAGUGACAGUGAGACACUGUCUGAAGGUGUACAGUUGCGUUCGAGAUAAAUGGUUGCUCUUCUGCUGUCGCACGGCGGAAGAGAAGCGUCGGUGGUUGGCAGCCAUGGCGGAGGAACGGAGACUAGUUGCUCAAGACAGGAACGAUGGUCUGGAGUUUCCAGCUGCAGCCAGACAAUUAGCCAGGCUCGCGGCGACCAGGCAGCAGAACAGACCACCAAUCAAACCUCGCAAUAAAGCGUACAAAAGGGAGUCCGCUUACGACAUGCCAACUGUGGUUGGUCAAGGAGCAACGAACUCGUUAGGACGUAAGGUUGGCACUUGGUUCACGUUUGGUAGCAGCAAAAAAAGUACUCGACCUCAGCCGUCCUGAGACAGGCCUACCUUCGUGCCAUACAUUGACUUGUGAAAGUCUUACGAGGAGCGCUUAAUCGUUGCUUGGCGACCAUGACUUGAAUGCACGUUACUUGACGUUUGAGGAACGAAUAUAUGUAGUAACGAACCAAUCCUGACCCCCUUCGUUAUCUUCGAGCCUCAAAGUUUCACGGAAACGAAAUAAAGGUUGUACUUCAUUCGCUGGGAAUGCAAACGGUCUUAAGCGCUUGUCACAUGUAUGGAGCGAAGGUAAUUAAUCAAUGUAUCAUUAAAUUUCAUUUUACAAUUGUUAUCAAUUGAAUGACAUCGAUAAAAGUCGUUAACGGAAUACCAUCGCGUUACAGUUUCCAUCAGUCCAGUCAUAGUAUUCUUAUUUAAUUUAAAAAAGCAUUUCCACGAAAAUGAUCGUACGUUUGUGUCAUCGACCAUAUUUAUUUCACUGCCUCACGAAAAGAUUUUUGAUUAAACGUUCUAUUGUAUUACAAUCGCGAGGAUCACUGCACGGAGUGACAAGGUAUUAUCACUUAGAUUUCUCUAGUAAAUAAUAAACGUUGUUUAUUCGAAAUAAAAGUUACACCGCAGGAAAUAACGUUAAUUAAAAUUAAUUAAAUUUUACGCAAAGAAGAAUACGCGCACAAGCUACGCUUACGCAAACGUUUUGACGAAGAGAGCAUUAUGAUGUGCCGAGAAGUAUAUAUAAACGUAAGAAAUAUGAAGAUUCUAACGACGAAAGAUACUGAGACAAGUAUCGUCGGAAAGUAUAGUUACUGAGGGAAGAAAUGCAUCGAUCGAUGAGAUAAAUACACUUACUAUUAGACGUAGAUAAUACAUGUAUAAAGCCGCUAGCGAGCUUUCGAGUACUAAAGAGAAAGUACUAGUCACUCUUAUCACGCACUUGUACGAAGAACAGUGAUAAAACUUUAGUGUUAUUCGACCGCUUGAAUGAGUGUUGUGAGCAAUGAACGGAUUAGCAACGGCCAUACAUUUUUUUUUUAUGGUAAUCGAAAGACUGACGAUAGAAAUGCUUCUUUCUCUGUAGAACUACAAGGGAAUCGGUACGAGGAUAGCACUGAGAGAAAAGUGUAAUCGAAAUAUAAAGAAAUUUCACCGUAGACGAGUAUUUAUAGUUCGGAUCAUCUUUCGAAUUGUACUCCUCUGUUCGAUAAUCUAGAUAGUCUUCUAGGACGCACACAUUAGGAUAAUGUUGACUGUAGCGUUGUCUUGGAGACUUCUCUCUCAGUGAAGUAAACCGUAUCACGGCACAUAUUUGUAGAAAAGAAUCUCGAGAGUAAAAGUCACGCGAUAUUCCUUUUACUGCCUAAAAUUAUCGUCACUCCACCUGAAGCAGUAAUCGUAAAAUACUCAACGUAGUUUGUACGGAGAUUUUAAAUUUGGUAAAGAGACGAAGAAAAUUAUAUUUCUACGUCGUAACAGAGAGACAGUAUUAACGAUACAGGUAUCACUAAACGUGUAAAUAAUCGCAUAUCAAGCCUCCUUUUCUACUGCUGCUUAAGCAGUGUCUAAAGUUAACACCCCAGAAGAUAUCUUUCAAAGUUUUUCUACUCUUGUACAGGAAAAUGUUACGCGAAUAUCGUAAUGAAAGCCAGUCAGCCAGCAAAAACCUCUGUGUUUUGUAUGCAAACGUAAAUUAACAACAUUGUAAACGUUGUCUGUGCAAUUAUUUAUCACAGAUGAAUAAAUUAACGUUUUCAAAAAAUAAAAAAAUAAAACUGAUCCACCGAUUGUGAAAGUUUUCAACACUGCCAAUAUGUUUACUAUAUAUGUCUUCGUUCGUUUGUAUAUUUUCUCGUCACGCUUGACGCAUAAAAUACUUUUUGAAGUAUAUAUGUAUACGUUUAUAAAAGCAAAAAAAGGAUAAUCGUUAUUUUGUAUUAGCGGACUUUUCAUAUUUCUCUGUCUUCGAACGUGAUUUAUUAGACGAAAUAUUUGUGAAUGAAAAACAAUACACAGAAGUAUAUUUUUGCUUAUUUUCUGGCAUUGUAUUUACUAUAGGACGAGGACAAUAUGAUGACAAAAUGGAGGAGCAAGAUUCCUACUCAACUGUACAGAGAUCAUUAACCAUCGAUGUGUAGACUAGGGGCAAAACAAUUUGUUGCUGGACCUAACUCAUUUAAGAGUUAUUUUUAUAGAACAAAUUUAUUUGUUCGAAUACAAUUUCUCUGUAAGCAUUGCUAUCUAAGAACGAGUUUAAUGGCCAAUGUAACUAAACGUAAGAAGAGAAUAUCUCGUGUUAUUUGUAAAUGCUGAAUCGAUAAUACUGCAUACUACGCAACUUGGAACAUUUAAUUCAUUGAGUUCCAUUUGUGUAUAUGAGCAAACACACAAAAUUUCUGCAAAUUACCAGAGUAAUAUUACAAAUGUAAAUAUAAUGUGUUACUAGAAAGAAAUUUGAGCAGCGUUUGUCCUUUGUAUCGGUCGUGUUCUACAUAUCGCGAUGAAGAUUCAUAUGUUGAUAAACAUAUAAUUAUUGAUUUAAUAUUUAUUUUUUUUACAAUUAUAGAUAAAAUAAUUUGUUUUAUUACUCUGGAUAUAUCGAAACAAAUUUUGCACAAAUGUCAAAAUAAUGUGCUUCAAAGCAAUAAUAUUCCUAGGCGUUACAGUAAUAACAGUUUAGGCUGUUGCACAUAUAUGUAAACACAUAUACUUUCUCUUGUAUUUGAUAUUUGUAGCUGUAUGUGCAUAUUAAUGACUCACGUUACGUAAAUAUUCACCACUAAUAUGCACGCACAUUCUACGUUCACGAGUUGAAAACAAUUGAUACAAUAAUGUAUCGUUUUGUUUCUUGUAAAUAGCUAGGUAUCGUAAUGUAUAAGUGUAAAUACUGUAGAACUGUUUGUUGGCAAAAACUUCAACGCAACCUAGGUAUUAAGCGACGUUAAAAUUUCAUGACAUAUACCUUUUGGAUAAAAAUUAAUUACUGAUUGAAUAGCGCAAUGUUUUGUAUAUUUGUAUAUCUAAUUUAAUGAUUUAAUAAUAAAUUACUCUCUUUGCUCGAUUGUUCA